AUGGAGCCCCUGGUGAUAAGUGUGGUGGAUUGCAACGUGAAACAUGGGUUGGAAGCCCAAGGCGCGGAUCAUCCCGACCAUGAGUCACAGGCGUUGAUGUUCCCCACGAACGUAAAGUACAUCUUUGAGGACGAUGAGGAAUCGCUGGUGGAGGAGGAGUACGAUGGGGUGGAGAACGUGAUUGUUGUGGAGGCCAAUGCGAACUUGGAAGUGACUCGGGUGGAGGUUAUAAGCGAUGAUUACAAGCUUCUGAAGUUCGAAACCGCGGAGGAUGACGAGUUGAUGAUCUCUGCGGUGUCGAAAUUUGAGCCACUGGACCGGGAAACGUGGGACCAGCCGUUGGAAAAACUGGUGGAGAUCUACAGGUGUCGGAACGAGCAGCUGGAGAGGUUAUACGAAACGCUGGUCGCGGAUUCGAGGGACUAG